UAUUCAACUAUAAAUACAUUUUUUUGCUGACUUGCGAGAACAGACUCUUCAGAGUGGCAUGCUUUCCCAAACGCUCCCCACCCAGCUCCUGCCCCCUGACUGAAGAAACACACCACACACACUCCUCUGUCUGAGGAAGUGCCUCAGGGGAGCCAAACGGACAGAGGACGGAUACCCCGACCAUGAGGCUAUUAAUUUACUUUGAGGGCUCCUGUGACCCUUUUGACAUCAAUCCAGAUGAGACUGUGGGGGCCAUGAAGCAGAUGGUGAAGGAUAACUUUCUUAUACAGCUCAGAGAUGACAAGCAGGUCCGGCAGUACAUUGAGCUGAGCUACGGUGGUGCAGCGCUGCAGGACAGCUGGGCUCUGUGCGAUGUGGGCAUCACUAGAGGAAGUGCCAUCCGAUGCCUGAUAAAGAGUGAACUAAAGCCUGUGUUGCAAGUGUUCAAUGCUGUGACUGGAGAAACCUUUCCAGUCAUGGGAGGUGAGGCUCUUCUGCAUAUGUCUGUUGCUGGACUGAAAACUGUGGUGUCCAUACAAAGUGUCCUCCCUGUCAGCACCUUCAGACUGAGCACACCCACUGGUGUGCAUCUCUUUGACUGCAACCAGCUACAAGACUAUGCCAUUGAAGUUGGCACUACACUCCGUCUGGACACGUGGGAUGGAUGGGUGGAGUUCCUCCAGGGUUGCCUCCUGGGCCACAGAUUGACAGUCCAGAACCAAAUGUCAGAGAAGAAGUCAGUGAUGAGGUUUCAGCAGCAAGUAGCCCUCCACAUCGCUGCCUCAUUAGGCCACCUGGAUCUGGCAGACUGGCUGCUGGAGAAGGGGGCGCAUGCUGAGGAACCAGUGGGAGUCCAUCCGUACCGCCAGUGGUGCCACCAAACUGCCCACCGAGACACCGGAAAGUGUCCCAUCCACGUAGCUGCAGAGAGUGGUCAGCUCCUCAUCCUCAAACUCUUCAUCAACAAGAACCUUUUGAUUCUGGCUUGUCGGGACCCUGCAGGUUGCGACCCUUUGAAAGUUGCUCUUCAGCAUGGUCACAGGGACUGCGUGCGCUACUUAGCUAACAAGUUAUGCUCAGUAAUAUCCCUGGCAAACAUGUCUCUGUCCCUGCGUAUCUACUUGCAGAUAAAACUGUGGGUGAGUUUGGGGCAGAAAAGGGCAGCCUCCAAUCGAUACCAGAACACCAGUGCUGUCUUCAAAGCCGGGGUGGGUGAUGCAUUGCUGGUAGACGGCUUCAACCAGCUAAACAUGUCUUCCAAAUCUAGGAAAGCUGUGACCAAAACAAGCAGAGGAAUCAAGGCCAAAGCUCUGCAGCCGUUACCUCCCAUCAGAAACUUGCUUCCACCCUCACACCUCCUCUCCAAAAAGGCAGCACCCCAACUACCCAGCCAGCAGUCUGUGAACUUUGGUGACUUUAAAGAAAUGCAGAAAAAGCAGAAACACGAUCUAUUGGAUGAAAUCUAUGAGGAAGACAGCAACUUAUGUAGGGGCAAGAUUAUUCUCCCUCCAAUCACCAGCAGAGAAAGCUUUCCAAGACCGGUGUUUGCUCGUGCAUUGCCAAAAUCUUCCCACAUUGUGGAGUCCUUCUUUUACCACCGUGGCAGAACACCAAGAGAAAAAGCCAUAUAUUGCUUGGCUAUGGCCAGUUGCUUCACAGAGAAGCCUUGGGUGAAGCAGCUGAGCAUAGCACGGACAUUGAUCAGGAAGCAUGUCCACACCAUGGCCUGAUACUUACAGAUCUCCCUGGCGCCACAGACAGGUCCCAUCUCGAUCUGCCACUCUUCAGCCCAAGUCACAUCGGUCUCCUAAAACACGGUGGACCACACAGAGUCCUCCAGAGGGACGACUGAGGGGUGUAUCCCAUGCUUACUGUGUUAUUGAGAAGGAAACCUUUUCAAAUUCCUGCUGUUUGCUUAACAGAGAUAUAGAUAUUAUGGAUAUAGAUAGAGUUCUUUUAUUAUUUUUUUACAUACAGGAAAUUGAAAAAUUCCUUAGUGUGUUCUGGUGUGUGACAAAAGUCCAAGUGGGGACCAGCCUUACAGCUGAAAUGUUUUGCCUUUGCUUAAAAUUUUGGAUUCAGAGCGUCAACAUGCUGGAUCAUCACUAUGUGUGUAGGUGCGCAACUAUGCAGUGAGCUAGACACACUUUGAAUAAAGGUUGAA